AUGAACAAAAACGGAACAGCUAAAAUGAAUGAUAAUCAAAUUAGAGCAGAAGGUAGAAGGUUAUUUAAACGCUUCUAUAACAUUCCUGAUGGUGUUAAUCCUAAAACUCGUAGAAGCUAUUUAAAUGAAGCAAUAGAUGCAUAUGAAGGGUUUGACAUUUCAUCAGAAAGUGAGAGAUUAGCGAGAAUGUUAAAUGUUAAUAUUGAUUUCUAUUAUUGUGAUCCUCAACCAGAAGACGUGGACAUAAAUAAGGUAGACUUUCCAUUAGUGGAAUCAAUAAUGAUAGAUCCAGAAUUUGAAACAGUAAAUAUUUUAUUAACACAGAGUCCAUGUGGAAAACUUCACGCUGACAGAAUAACAGACGUUGAAGCACUCACCGGCUAUAAAGUUUGUCCAUAUUGUAAAGAAGAAGUUUAUUCUAUUCGCGAUGAUCCAGAAAGGAAAAACCAAAGAAGAUUUUUAAAGCAUUGUGAGAAAUGUAAAGAAAAUAAUGGAAGAUUAAUUCAAGACGUUCAAUUGCAAAAGACACAGCAACCAUAUGCACCACAUAUUACGAAACAGAAGAUAUAUCAGUGGUUAUUAGCUCACAAUUUGCAGGAAUAUUAA